ACCCAACUCAUUAUGACAGAAAGAAGAUAAUAAAAUUAUUAAAAAAAAAAAAAGUAAAAUGAAAUCCCAAGAAAAUAACAAAAACACUAAUACCCCUCUUUCUCUCUCUUAUUACAUAUGGAUCUAUCUUUCUCUCUCCUCUCUUUUUCUCUCUCCUAUUAUUUUUGAUCUAAACCGCUGAAAUCGGCCGUUUUUCUUCUUCCAUUUUGUCUGAAAAUUGCGCCAUUUGAUGGGGAUUAGGGAGUUAGAGAAUGAUUUGAAGCUUGAACUUGGAAUUUGAUCUUUGGAUCCACUUUUUCUUGGUAUUUUUCAUGCGUAUCUGGUGAUUCUUAUUAGCCCAGUAAUAUGGUUUUCUGGAUGAAUGAGUGACUGAGUUGAGUUAAACGAACAUCUUGAGCACAAUGGCUUCAGUAGGCGUGGCGCCUACUUCUGGUAUUAGAGACCCUAGUGGCCUUGGUGUUGAUAGGCUUCCUGAGGAAAUGAAUGACAUGAAAAUUAGAGAUGAUAAGGACAUGGAACCAACAGUUGUUGAUGGUAAUGGCACCGAGACCGGGCAUAUAAUAGUGACAACGAUCGGAGGGAAGAAUGGCCAGCCAAAGCAGACUAUUAGCUACAUGGCAGAGCGUGUUGUUGGACAAGGAUCUUUUGGGGUUGUGUUUCAGGCAAAGUGCUUAGAAACAGGAGAAACUGUGGCUAUAAAGAAGGUUCUUCAGGACAAGAGGUACAAAAAUCGUGAGCUGCAGACAAUGCGUCCUCUUGACCACCCGAAUGUUGUGUCCUUAAAACAUUGUUUCUUCUCAACAACGGAUAAGGAUGAACUCUACCUCAAUUUGGUGCUUGAAUAUGUUCCUGAAACAGUUCAUCGAGUAAUUAAGCACUAUAAUAAAAUGAACCAGAGGAUGCCUCUGAUUUAUGUAAAAUUAUACACAUACCAGAUUUUCAGAGCCUUGUCAUACAUCCAUCGUUGUAUUGGUGUUUGUCACCGUGAUAUCAAGCCUCAAAAUCUCCUAGUAAAUCCUCAUACGCACCAGCUCAAACUUUGCGACUUUGGAAGUGCAAAAGUCUUGGUAAAAGGCGAGCCUAAUAUAUCUUAUAUAUGCUCUAGAUACUACAGAGCACCAGAGCUAAUAUUUGGAGCGACAGAAUACACAACAGCUAUUGACAUCUGGUCUGCCGGUUGUGUGCUUGCAGAGCUGCUUCUUGGACAGCCACUAUUUCCUGGUGAGAGUGGAGUUGAUCAGCUUGUUGAGAUUAUAAAGGUUUUGGGCACACCAACAAGAGAAGAAAUCAAAUGUAUGAACCCUAAUUACACUGAAUUCAAAUUCCCUCAAAUUAAAGCUCAUCCGUGGCAUAAGAUAUUCCACAAAAGAAUGCCUCCUGAGGCUGUUGAUUUGGUUUCUAGACUGCUGCAGUAUUCUCCUAACCUACGGUGCUCAGCUUUGGAUGCCUUGACUCAUCCCUUUUUUGACGAGCUAAGAGAUCCAAACACCCGCUUGCCAAACGGACGCUUUCUCCCACCGUUGUUCAACUUCAAGCCUCAUGAGUUGAAAGAUGUCAACCCGGACACAGUUGUCAGAUUGAACCCCGAGCAUAUGAGGAAGCAAUCUCCAGGCACUGGGUUGUAAAAUCCCAAAUAUGAUGAGAUUAUGAAGAGCAAAAAGCAAAGCAUUAUUACUAUUGUGGAAUAUGUGGUUUUAUAAUGUAUGAGUAUCUGUUCCUUCUUUACUCCCCUGUUUACAUAUAUUUUGGUGCACCCAGUUAGUAUCUAUAUUAAAAUCUAUGUUGUAAAAGCAGUUUUUAGAGAGAAAUGAACACUAUCAAGUUACAACUCCUGCACAAGACCUGAAUAUGGGUGCCCCCUUUUACUACUGUUUUCUAUAUCUAACUGGUUGUAACUUGUCACAGAAAGUAACAACCAACCUUAGUCAGAAGUUAUAUGUUUGUUAUGGUGGAAUAGAUAUAUAUUUGAAUGGUUCCUUCC